AUGAACGGGUCAGCUUGGACCACCGACGACACUUCUCGCACUGCGAACGCCGCACCAGCACGCACGACCUCGACCACCACUACCAUGCCCUCGUACACAACGCCCCGCAACGUCUCAGGCCCGCUAGCCGUCGACAAGGCGCCCAUGAGCCCCGAUGAGAACAGCUCGUGGAACCGCCCCAACCACUACAGCACCCCCAACUCCAAGACGUCGCAAUACAUUGAUAAGAUCACACAAGAGAAUGACCGCCUGCGACGAGAACUCAGGGCAGAAAAGCUCGCCCGGGAAGACGAAGCCAAGCGUGUGUCGGCUGCACAAACCAAGGCCGAAGACUCCCGCGCCGAGUAUCAGCAUCUCCAAGUGCUCGCCGACACCAAUGCGAGGGCGAUAGAACGGAAAGACCGGAAGCUGGAAGAGCUGAAGGCCACACUGGACGCUGAGAUACAAAGACGGAAGUCAGCAGAGCAGCGAGCCGAGGAAGCGCUCAGGAUGCUGGGCGACACACGAUCAGAGACCCAACGACAACUCUCACAAGCAUACGAGAUGAGGGGCAUGGCAGACACGAACCUCGAGACUGCACGAGACGGCUUCAAGCGCAUCACCGACGGCUACGAGAAGAAGGUGCGCCAGAUCAACGACGAGCUCAACGAGCUCCGGAGGAAACGCAUCGAAGACGCCGAUAAGAUCAAGCGACAAGCCAUCAUCAGCGAUCAGCUACAACACGAAUCGUCACGAUCGACGCGAACGGAAGCCAAACUGACUAACAUGAUGGAGAUAUACAAGAAGGAGCACCGGAAAGAGAUGGAAGGCCUCAUACAGGAAGCCGAGAGGCUGCGACGCGCAUUACCAGAGAAGGAGCGAGAAGCGCAGAAGCUUGUCGACUCGUUGAAGGAGACCCGCGACAAGAUGCGAUGGGUCAUGACUCAACAUGAACGACAAAAUGGGGGGAAAUAA